AUGCGAGCAGUUCUGCCGGGGCGACCCCCAGCGAAGCUCCAGUCUUUCAGCGCCGCGCUGUGGAAUGGUCUUCGAGUUGUUGUGUACAUCUCUGGCCAGGCACUGGUUAUUCUCGGCGGCCCACACAAGCUCCUACAAACAAUCUACGUCGAUGACACGCCGGCCCUAGAAGCUGUCGCAAUUGAUGAAGCUUCAGGACGAAUAGCUGUAUGCGGAGGCCCGUAUGCCUUUGUUUACCAGCCGUAUGGGGUGCUGAACGAAACACUAAAGUGGUCGUUAUCCUCUACCUUCCGCUACGAAAAUGAUGAAGAGACGAUUCGUACCAUAUCAUGGGGUUCGUCCGAUGAACUUCUUUUAGGGAACUCCCAUCUGACACUAUGGUUCUUGAACGAUACACCGCGGGUGGCAUGGAGGCAGAAGCUGGCGAGCCCGGCCAAGUUUGCGCAAUUCUCGCCCGAUUCGACCCUUAUCGUCACAACGGGACCAUAUGAUCGUUUCGUCAAAGUAUGGAGGCGGCUCUCAUUUGGCGCCGAUGAUGUGCGGUUUGAUGUCUCGUAUCUUGUACACCCAUCCAUCGUUACGGGAUUUCACUUUCGCCGGCCCUAUCACGGAGAACAAUCGAAACCGAAUGUUUUUUACACGCUAUGCGCCGACAAUAAGAUCAGGGUCUGGGCGACAAUUGAUCAUCAUGCGCCCUCUGUGUUGCAACUAUGGACACAGAUUGAUCUGGGCGUCUCUGUCCAGCCGAGGCAUGCGGUAGAUGGCGAGGAUAUAUCCCGAAGGUAUGGAUUUAUCAUCGACAGUCGUGAUUUCUGUAGCGCAACCGAGCGCGCAGUGCAGCGUGGUGCGGGGAACAGAGGGAACCAUGCACUGGAACAUAUCAUCGAGGUUGCGAAUAAGAGCCCUGAAAUAUGUGUUGUCAUAGACGGGCAGGGGCACAUGUCUGCAUGGGCGCUUGAAGAUGUUGGUUCCAAGACCUGGACUGAUUUGAAUGUCUUCAAUAUUCUGCAUGUUGAGGGGCUGGACUUUUCGUUCCUGCGGGGACUCUCAGCCGAGGAGGACUAUGCGCAAAUAUGCGCAUUCCAAAGCGACGAUACCUCGGACUCGCUGGCGAUUCUAAUUCAUCAUUUUGACGGACGUAUUGACUGGUUAGAUUCACAGGUCGAUGUGCUCUUUGAUCCAGCACCCGUCAAAAAUCGAACUAUCCGAAAAGCGUCCUGGACUGGUCACAUUGGUCCAAUCCAGAAGAUCGUUCGCAACGCUGUCGGAGAUACUCUCACCUCUCGUACCAAUGACAACAAAGUUCUAAUUUGGAGACAGAAAUGGAGAGACAGCGACUCGGGGCUGGUCCGCCAGAGCUCGCUAUUUUCCGACGAACAUAUUCACCGCAGCUGUGUGGUCGAAGGCGGAGAUUUCCUGGUCAAUCUCCAUCAUAAUGCAAUAUCUAUCUGGGACGUUCGGUCUUUUCAUGCUGAGAGGAUUGCAGCCUCAUCAUUCAAGCUUUCAAGCAAACCGCUUUGCGUUCUGGAGAUGCUUACGCCCGAGAAGGAUGCUGGGCUCGUCUAUAUAGCUGCACUUGGGGCAGAUAUGAGCGGUAUAGCUUGGGAGGUCCAACUUCCAGUGGCACAAAAACAGUCUACCGGCGGGCAACCGGGUUCCCUUUGUCACUUGAGGGAGUUUUGUACCUUUGAUCUGGGGCUCAGGGAGGACAUUUCGUACUUUCUUCCGGUGGACCCUGCGGGUCCCAGAACUCAAAUGUCUGGUUUCUUCGAUCUCUUCUCGCCGGAUAUAGCGCUAUCCUACACGGCAACCGGCGUUUUGCGCACUUGGACAGCCAGAGUUGACAAGGGGAGGAGCCGGAUAGAAUGGCUCCUCACUUCCACUGUCGAAACAGGGAUAAUGAAUCCUUCAUUGGCUAGCGGAAGCUCUAUAAAGAAGGCCGCGCUUGUCGAUGAGGACCGCACACAUCUCACAAUCUGGGACACUAACGGUGCACAGCUGGAGUUUGAGGAGCACUUUUCUCAGCAGGAUAUAAUACGUGACUUGGACUGGACAUCCACUCCAGACGCACAAUCAGUCCUAGCAGUGGGGUUCCCUCACAAAGUCAUUUUGCUCUCCCAGCUUCGUUAUGAUUAUCUUGAUUCUCGGCCAUCUUGGACCCAGAUUCGAGAAAUUUGGAUCCGCGACCUGACGCCUCACCCUAUCGGCGAUUCUUGCUGGUUAAGCAAUGGCCAUCUUGCCAUUGGGGCUGGUAAUCAACUUUUCGUCUACGGAAACGAGAUUGAUGUGGGAGAUCGCCUGGUCUCGCAGCUUCGGGUCCCGACUCGUGGUUCCCCGACCGUGGAUCUCUUUGGGGUUGUUAGUCGACUCAAUGGCCCGCUUCCUGUGUUUCACCCUCAGUUUCUUGCUCAGUGCAUACUGAGCGGCAAGUCGAACUUGGUGCACUCAAUAUUGAUGAAUCUCCAUCAAAAACUCAAGUUCCAUACUGAAGGUGACGAUAUUGACGGCUUCCUGGACAUGCCACUGCAGGAUUUUUACUUUGAGCAUGAUACACCACAGAAAGCGGUCUCAAAAGAGCUUCACUCGUCGUAUGCCGAUCUGUCUCUAGAAGAGGAGCCCACGGUCGUCGACGAAGCCAUCGCAACCAUUCUUAACGAGAAUUUGGCUCGGAUACCAUUACCGCAGCUGACAAGUCAGGAGCAGUUCCGGUUAGUCGAUACGAUUGAAUGUGUUGCCACCGUUGAGAAGCACCGGCGCUCAAUGGAUGACAAUGCUGCUCGCUACCUCUUGUUUUUCCGACAACACAUGUUGCGUAGGACUCAGGGGGUCGCAAACAAGGCUGCAGUGUCCUGGCGAGAAAUCGUUUGGGCCUUUCACAGCAGUAGCCAGGAGAUCCUUUUGGACCUCGUGUCCAGACAGUAUGGCAGCAAGUUGACAUGGAAAGCUGCUCGGGAGAGUGGCAUGUUCAUGUGGCUGUCAAGCCCUGCAACAAUCCGAGAGCAACUGGAGGUAGUCGCUCGGAAUGAAUAUACCAAAACAGAAGAGAAGAAUCCAGUCGACUGUUCUCUGUACUACAUUGCACUCCGAAAGAAGAACAUCCUUCAGGGCCUCUGGCGUAUGGCCCACUGGAACCGGGAGCAAGCUGCAACAUCAAAGCUGUUAGCGAACGAUUUCCGGGAGGCUCGAUGGAAAACAGCAGCUCUGAAGAAUGCAUAUGCUUUGCUUGGAAAGCGGAGAUUCGAAUAUGCGGCAACGUUCUUCCUCCUAGCGGACCAUUUGCGAGACGCCGCCCUUGUCUGUUUGAACCAGAUUGGAGAUAUUCAGCUUGCAAUUGCCAUUACCCGCGCGUACGAGGGAGAUGACGGUCCUGUCUUGAAAGAAAUACUCGAAACUCGGGUCUUACCUGAAGCUGCUAUUGACGGAAAUCGUUGGAUGGCUUCCUGGGCCUUUUGGAAGCUAGGUCGGCGUGAUAUGGCCGUGCGAUCCCUUAUUUCCUCUGUCGAAUCUCUUAUUCCCUCAUCUCCCACCUCCCCGGUGACUCCUGGGGCGAUUCCUUUGCAGGCCAAAUCGUAUCUUUCCAACGACCCUGCACUAGUCGUACUAUACAAACAACUACGUGAAAAGACGUUGCAGACUCUGAAAGGUGCCUCAAAAGUAUCUGUACAGUCUGAAACGAGUUUUGUCCUCCGCAAUGCACGUUUAUACACCCGGAUGGGAUGCGACCUUCUUGCCCUCGACCUCGUCCGCCAUUGGGAGUUCUUAAAGGAACUGCCCUCCACUCAAUUAAGAAAAGACAGCACAAUCAUCAUGGUCGAUGGCGAAGUCGACUACCGAAAGAUGCUUCGGCGAAGAAGCAGCCUCGUCGUGGCAGAUAUCCCAGCUAAACUGAGUCUGGGACAAGAGCCAAAGUCUCCAGUUGCUCCGAAGAAGCUGCAGCAGCCACCUACCAUGUUUCACGAGCCAGAUGCAAACUCAUUGCUUGAUAGUUUUGGGUUCUAG